AUGAAAGUAAUAUUAGUUGUACUUUUGGCAUUGGCUGUAGUGCCAAUGGUACUAUGUUCAAACAAUGCACUUGGCAACAAUCUUUUGGACGAUCUCUUUGAGAACAUUACUGAACAACUUUUUGUUGAUCGCUUGACCAAUACCUUUGCAACGCGCAAUAAAGGUUACUUCACCUUUAAUAAUCGCACCAGUAAUCUUAAGAUUGAUUACAUUGAUAAGGUUAAUACCAAAGUAUCGCUGUAUGUCCCGUUCAUGCUGGUUGAUGGGUCCGCCAAACUCAAUGACACUCAACCUUCCAAGUCAAACCCAAACACCAUCAACUAUGUUAUAACUAUGAAUUCUGAGACAAUGGAUGUCAGCAUUGCCUUCACCGCUAGACCUGAGACCAAGGCGUUGUUGGGCUCCCAAGUGGUGUCCGUCAAUCACACGUCAAUCAAGAACUCAAUCAACAAAUUGAAUGGAAAGAUAAAAAGUCAUGUCCAAGAGUAUCUGUUCUCGUACUACUUAGAGGAGAGCGUCCAUCGCUAUUAUAGCAGAUUUGAUAUCGAGUAUGAACUCAACAAGGAAAUCUACAAGAUGGAUGGAAAAGUCUUAACUGAAACCUCAAUCAUGGCCUACCUUUCACUAAAGCUCAACACUGCAAGCCAGGGAAUGCAAAGUAUAAUGUCGUGGCUUGGUGAAUAUCCAUCGGUCUAUACUAUUGAUGCAGUUGUCCAUGUUGAUCCAUUUAGAUUAUCCACCUUUGAUAUAAUUGGUUUUAAUCAAUUUAAGCUCCACAUCCCAAGUAUCAGCAUUGAGCUUAAGUUCAACAUUGACAGCACCAACAACCUUAACUACAAGGCCUAUCCAUGGGUCAAGAUCUACCUUGACGUAGACUUCAACUUCACAGCGACGGCGGGUGAUUUCACCAGGGGCACAUGUGGAUACUACCAAUUCCAACCUGGUACCGGAUCAGACAUGUUCAAGGUGACGAGUGUUGAACAAGAUGGCUUCAAUAAUAUGUUUAAUUUUAGGUCUGAUUACUUGUGGUCGUUGGUGAUCUCCAACUGGAUGAGCACUUUUGGCUACACCAAGUAUAUCAAGCCAGCUGUUCCCUUUGAUAUGGCUCCCUUGCUCUACACGAGUGAUACAGAUAUCUUCUUCACUUGGAUGCCAAACACUUCCUAUCACAAAUCUGAUCUCCAAUUCUGCCAACUUCAAUAA